ACGUGCGGCGCGAGCUGGGAGAGCACUUAAAGUCGCCCCCGGCGCAGCGCCUGGCUUUCGCGGCAGGCAGGGCUCGCAGAGGCAGUGGCGGCAGUGAGUUGGCUGGACACACACCACCACAAGUGGGAAGAAGCCAAGCGGACUGGACCGAAAGCCCUAGGUGUCAGACACCACCCUCAUCCCAGCUGUCUCUGGUGAGGUGAGAAAGAACCAGCCCUCUUGGCCAUGGGAGGUGCUGUGGUAGAUGAGGGCCCCACAGGUGUCAAGGCUCCAGAUGGAGGCUGGGGCUGGGCCGUGCUCUUUGGCUGCUUUGUCAUCACCGGCUUCUCCUACGCCUUCCCCAAGGCUGUCAGCGUCUUCUUCAAGGAGCUCAUUCGGGAGUUUGGGAUUGGCUACAGUGACACAGCCUGGAUCUCCUCCAUCCUGCUGGCCAUGCUCUAUGGCACAGGCCCGCUCUGUAGUGUGUGUGUGAACCGCUUUGGCUGCCGGCCCGUCAUGCUUGUGGGUGGCCUCUUCGCAUCCCUGGGCAUGGUGGCUGCAUCCUUCUGCACAAGCAUUAUUCAGCUCUACCUCACGGCAGGAGUCAUUACUGGCUUGGGUCUGGCUCUUAACUUCCAGCCCUCCCUCAUCAUGCUCAACCGAUACUUCAGUAAGCGGCGUCCCAUUGCUAAUGGGCUGGCAGCAGCAGGCAGCCCGGUGUUCCUGUGUGCACUGUCCCCGCUGGGGCAGGUGUUGCAGGAUCACUAUGGGUGGCGGGGUGGCUUCCUCAUCCUGGGCGGCCUCCUGCUCAACUGCUGUGUGUGUGCUGUGCUCAUGAGGCCACUGGUGGCUCCCAAGACGGGUGGGGGGCCCAGGCCCCAGCAGUCAUCCAAGCGGCUGCUGGACCUGAGUGUCUUCCGGGACCGCGGCUUCGUCAUCUACGCUGUUGCUGCCUCCAUCAUGGUGUUGGGACUCUUCGUGCCACCUGUGUUUGUGGUGAGCUAUGCCAAGGACCUGGGUGUACCCGACACAAAUGCUGCUUUCCUGCUCACCAUCCUGGGCUUCAUUGACAUCUUUGCCCGACCAACUGCUGGUUUUAUCACGGGGCUCAAGAAGGUUCGGCCCUACUCUGUGUACCUCUUCAGCUUUGCCAUGUUCUUCAAUGGCUUCACUGACCUGACGGGCUCCACAGCCAGCAACUACGGGGGACUAGUAGUCUUCUGCAUCUUCUUUGGCAUCUCCUAUGGCAUGGUGGGUGCCCUGCAGUUUGAAGUGCUAAUGGCCAUUGUGGGUACCAACAAGUUCUCCAGCGCUAUCGGCCUAGUGCUGCUGUUGGAGGCCAUAGCUGUGCUCAUUGGACCCCCGUCAGGCGGCAAGCUGCUGGACGCGACACAUGUUUACAAGUAUGUGUUCAUCCUGGCGGGUGCUGAGGUGCUCACCUCCUCCCUCGUGCUGCUGCUGGGCAACUUCUGCAUCAGAAGCAGACCUGAGGUAUCGAAGCCCGAGGCUGCAGCCUCCGCCUUGGAGGAAGAGAAACUCCAUAAGCCCCCUGUGGAUGUGCAAGUGGACUCUCGGGAGGUGGAGCACUUCCUGAAGGCAGAGCCUGAGAAAAACGGGGAGGUGGUUCAUACUCCAGAAACCAGUGUAUGAGCAACCUGGCUGGGGCCAGCAGGAUACAGGGAAAAGGUACAGAGACUGGCAAUAUGUAUUUAUUUUACAAACAGGACUAGCUCAGGCGAGACUGUCAGCUCUGUGCUGGGGUGCUGGCUGCCUGGUCACUGGGUUACCACCUGACCUGUUUGGUGUCAUUCCAAAGCAUAUCUGCGGUGAAGCCAGGCCCCACAGUUACAAGCUGUCUGCACCAGGGACCCAGCCUGCAGACCCCAAGCAGCCUGUGCCCCACUAUGGUCAAGGACCUAGAAACCAAGUGGUGAAACAACACCACUUUAAUUAUAGGCCAGGACUGCUGGCAGGGCCCUUCCUAGGGCCUGACCCCACCAUCCUGCCCUCUCCUGCAGAGUCCAUCCCCCCUUGCCCACCCGGGGAGGGAAGGUAUGAGAGUAACCUGCGUGGGUUAAGCCAUGGAGGGACUUGCUGAUAUAGUUCCGUGCUGUGUCUGUUUAUCCCAAGUCUCAGUUCCAUCAGGAAACAUAGUUAUUCAUACAAGUGGUCCUGUCUUUGUUUGCUUUCCCAGAGCUGUGUGUGCUGGAGUGUCUCCUGACGGCCCUCCUAGCCCAGCCGUGGCUGGAGUGGGUAGGAUUGUUUGUCAGGGAGUAUUCACAGGACAUGGAGAAAAGGGCCAGCAGGGGAGGCACUGUGUGCAAGAGGGGUGCCCAGUGGGCGGCUGAAGGCUCCAGGAAGUGGUUUUGCACCUCCUGACUGGUCUCUAGACUGUGGGAGCCAGAGUGCUGAAUGCACUGACCUGAGAUACAAUGUACAUGCUCUGUUUACUUCAUGUGGGCUUAAAAGAUACAUCUUCCUGCCUUCCAUUUA